UUUUUUUUCUUUCUGUCCCCUCGUUUUUUCAGACAACUGGAACCCUGCACUGCCACUUCUCCAACCGGCUGAGGCCUGAUCUCCACGGAAGAAUUACUGCGGAAUAUUUUCACCAUCUGCCCUGGAUCGGGAACGUUCUCCUACGGGACAAGCGGGAGCUCUUCUUCCAGGACCGACUGCUUGUAACCAGGGCUUCAGAGGCUUCCUCCUGUCCCAUGGCGCUGCAGGAGCUGGGCAUCAGUCUGUCCAUGACGGGCCUCGCCGGCACCAUCCUGAUCUGUGCUCUGCCCAUGUGGAAGGUGACGGCCUUCAUCGGCACCCACCUGGUCGUCAUGCAGGUCUUCUGGGAGGGGUUGUGGAUGACCUGCGUCAGCGAGUACACCGGCCAAAUGCAGUGCAAGCUCUACGACGCCCUGCUGGACCUGUCGCCCGACCUGCAGGCCGCUCGUGGCCUCAUCUGCAUCAGCAUGGUGCUGGGCUGUCUGGGGUUUCUCAUCUUCCUCCUGGGGGCGCGAUGCACCAACUGCCUGGGCCACCCACGCUUCAAGGCCAAGGUCGUGCUCAGCUCCGGGGCCAUCUUCUGCCUGGCGGCGCUCACCACAGUGGUCGCCGUUUCGUGGACGGCCAACACCAUCAUCACGGAGUUCCACAACCCGCGGGUCCCCGAGGUGCUGAAGAGGGAGCUGGGAGCGGCCAUCUACAUCGGCUUUGUGGCGUUUGGACUGCUGCUCUGUGGAGGAGCCAUCCUGUGCUUGAGCUGUCCUCCACAGAGAGUCCGCGGCUCCUCCAGCGGGUACAUCCCAGCCAGGACGGCCGCGCGGCACAGCUACGCCAUCAAGAACUACGUGUGAAGGUCAAACACAGCCUGAAAAUGCACGACUUUUUAGACGGAAUACGAAGAACCGGUGGCUUAAAAAAGACUCAAGGACGUCACUGCUGAUGGAGCCACUGCAGAGCUUAACCGCACAGAACCUCCGUCUGACAUUAAAGGCAUGUGUCGUGGUCCAUCUGUGACCAAAGCCCUCAGUUCCUCUAUACAACAGUGUUUAGUGAGUUUCUGGACAUGUUCAUCAACCUAACUUAGCACUGAUCAUGUUUGUGUUGAUGAAGCACAACCAGAGUAACCCUGUGUGUGAAAAGCCUCGUCAGGUUUGUGUUUAGAUCCAAAGUCUUUGAUCUGUUCAUACAAAAAUACAUUUCUGACAGAAGCAGCACAAACUCCUCACUAUUGGGGUGUAACUUGUUAUUUUUCAGCUUUUAAUUGGAUCAAUAAUAGAAAAAGAAGAGAAAAUUCCCUUUCUCAUCCUCCGCAAAUGAAUGCAUGACCUAAAGUCUUGAAUAAAUGCGAUACUUUCA